CCGCUCCAGCCCCAGCUCCAGCCCCAGCACUCUCCGGCAUUCUGGCACCCGCUCGCCGCUGCGGAGCCAUGGCGUUCGUUCAGCGAGAGAACCUGGGUUCGAUGCUUUCGGGCAUCCACUACACGCCCCUUCGAGGGUAGGGAGACGAGGCCGGGCCCGAUAGGCAUUCCCUUUGAUCGAAGCGGAAGCGGCUGCGGAGAGACGCUCAGGCAAGCGGCGCGGAGCUCGGAAAGCGCGAGCCCCGGGACGAGAGGGACAGGCCAGCUCAAUCGAGCCUAGAGGCGGAAAGGAACUCUCGUGGAAAGUGGACUCGGGAAGGAAACGGUGUGGUUUAUCCAGAAGGCGGAUAAACGCGUGUCGCGAAGGGAGACGACAGGUAUAUUAAUUGAUUUUGCUCCUUGCAGUACUGGAAGGAAUAUGGAGGAAAACAGUUUGAUGAUUUCUUCUCCAUUUGAACUGCACCUGAUACAUCUGGAUCUCAAGGGAGCUCCCCCAAAGGUUUCAUACCUGGCAGAGAUCUUCCCUUUGUUCCAUGCCCUGGGCGCAAAUGGUGUUCUCCUGGAGUAUGAAGAUAUGUUCCCUUAUGAUGGGGAGCUGAUGCCACUCCGUGCAAGUGAUGCAUACAGUCCCUCUGAGAUUAAAGAAAUUUUAAAACUGGCAAAGUUGCAUGAGUUAGAGAUCAUUCCUUUGAUUCAGACUUUUGGACACAUGGAGUUUGUCCUGAAGCACAAAGAAUUCUCUCACUUACGGGAAGUGGCCAUGUUCCCUAACACUGUGAAUCCCCAUAAAGAGGAAUCCCUCAGACUGAUCAGUGCCAUGAUAGAACAAGUGGUAGCACUGCACAGUGACAUCCGAUGGUUUCACGUUGGCUGUGACGAGGUGUAUUACCUUGGUGAAGGAGAGGAAUCCAAGCAGUGGCUGCAGGAAGGAGGAAAUACCAUUGAAAAGCUGUGCCUUGCCCACAUGAAAGCAGUGGCCGGCCACCUGGUCUCGGCUCACCCUGGCAUUAAGCCUGUGGUGUGGGAUGAUAUGCUGAGGGGAAUGAGUGAAGAAACACUGAGAGGUUCUGGAAUAGCAGAACUUGUUGAGCUGAUGCUCUGGGACUACUCUCCUGACCUUGAUGUGGACAGUAAAGUCAGACUUCUAGAAAAGUACCGGAAGUGUGACUUCUCCAAGCUCUGGUUUGCCAGUGCUUUCAAAGGGGCCACUGGCGUGAACCAGGGUUUGACCCUCAUUGGACACCACCUUAAAAACCACCAGCAGUGGCUGAAAGUGGCUGAGAGCAGUCCUGCUGGGAUCAUCCAAGGAAUUGCACUGACUGGCUGGCAAAGAUAUGAUCACUUCUCUGUUCUGUGCGAGCUUUUGCCUGUGGGAAUCCCGUCACUAGCUGUAUGUCUGCAAACACUAAAGAACGGUGGCUACUCAGAAAAGGUGAAAGAGGAUGUAGAAAAAUUCCUGGGAAUCUCCAGUUUGGAAAUAGACACCUUCAUGAGUGAUGUUUCUGCGACUUUCCCAGGAAGUGAAAUUCUCUCGCUUGUGACCCAAAUUACAUUUUUUCUCAAACCUUCAGUGAAUGAACUUCUGGAAAACAACAGGUAUGUCACAGGCUGGUUCAGCCCUUACCACAGAAAGAGAAAGAAGAUCCAUCCUAUCAUGAUUCAUCACUUUCAGCCAGAUGCAUUAAGGCUUCUGACAAAGUGGACUACUGUGACCCAAGAACUACAAGCAGCCAUGGGCAAGGUCUUUUAUGCUUCUGCUGCAGAAGAAUGGAUGGAGGAGAACGUCCAACCCAGCCUGCAAAGACUUCAAGAAACAGUAGAUGAUUUGGACAGAGCAAUACAAGCAUUAUCAUAGCACUCUUAGAGAUGCAGCGUAUGGAUCCAGCAUGGCACAAUUAGCAAGCAGUCAGGCCAGCGUAGUUCAGAUACAGGACAAGUUCUUCUGAUGUCAAAGAGAUGAGUCUCUUCUACUAAAAAGCUUAAAAUUAGGUUGAAAUGUUGGCUAUCUUGAAGGCUAUGGCUCUUUGUCCAAAAACAUGCCAGAAAUCACAUUGUGUAUGUGCAGUUGUACAGAGUCCGCUGUACAGAAGUAAAAACAGACAUCAAGCAUUCUGAAAGUUGUUCUUAGGGCUUGUCAAAUUAGAAGCUUGGGCACAGGCACUUUAAAUAAAUCUAAAAAGUUGCACCA